UGAGAAGAAGUAAUAAUAGUGGUAGAGCUCACAAGAUAAUUACUUAAGAUGUGGACUAAUACAGUAGUAGUUGGCCUAGUGGGGUUGCUGGUGAUAUGGCUUGGCAAUUGGAUUAGGAGGUGGAGGAAUCCUAAAUGCAAUGGGAUUCUACCUCCAGGCUCAAUGGGAUUCCCUCUCAUUGGAGAAACUCUUUCUCUCAUUAUUCCCAGUUACUCUCUUGACCUUCAUCCUUUCUUCAAAACAAGAAUUCAAAGAUAUGGAACUAUUUUCCGGACAAACAUAGCAGCUCGGCCAGCUAUAAUAUCCGUUGAUCCUGAAUUCAAUAAUUUCCUUUUACGGGAAGAAGGGAGGCUAGUUGAGCUCUGGUAUUUGGACACCUUUUCGAAGAUAUUCACACUAGAAGGAGAAUCUCAAGUUAACGCAGUUGGUGCUGUACACAAGUACCUAAGGAGAACAGUGCUUAAUCACUUUGGCAUUGUCAGCCUAAGGGAAAAGCUGCUACCUCAGCUUGAACAAGUAGUCAACAAGGCUCUCAGUUCGUGGUCAGCUCAAGAUUCUGUAGAGAUCAAACAAGUUGCUUCAUCUCUGAGUUUAGAAUUCGGCGCCAAGCAAAUUUUCAGUUACGAUGCUGAAUCUUCACCUACAAGUAUAACCGAGGCAUUAAGUAGAAUCUUAAAUGGUUUAUUGUCUUUUCCUUUGAACAUUCCCGGCACAGCAUACCACCAAUCUCUAAAGGACCGAAACAAGUUAGUAUCCAUGUUGAAGGGUAUAGUAAAGGAGAGACAGAACUCACCUGAGUUUAAUCAAGGAGAUAUGCUGGAUCAGAUCUGUAUGGACAGAGAAAAAGAGAAGUUCUUAUCUGAAGAUUUCAUUGUUUAUUUCAUUUUUGCGAUCCUCUUUGUUACAUUUGAGUCAGUUUCAUCUGUGAUAGCAGUAGCUAUCUCGAUGCUCUCAGAGAAUCCUUCAGUAGUGGAGGAGAUGAUAGCUGAGCAGGAAGCAAUUCUGAAAAACAGACAAAAUCCAAACUCUUCACUCACAUGGGACGAAUACAAAUCGAUGACUUUUACUCAUAAUGUUAUCAAUGAAUCUCUUAGGAUGGGAAAUACUGCACCGGGGUUAUUACGUAGAGCAAUCAAAGAUAUCCCAGUAAAAGAAUUUACUAUUCCGGCUGGUUGGACCAUUAUGAUGGUCACCUCUGCUCAGCACUUUAGUCCCAACACAUUCCACAAUCCCCUUGAGUUCAAUCCACGUCGUUGGAAGGAACUCGAUUCGACUGUAACAUCUAAUAACUUCACGCCUUUUGGGGGAGGAGGGAGACAAUGUGCCGGAGCAGAGUACAGUAGGGUGUUCAUGGCAACCUUUUUCCAUGUCUUGCUUACCAAAUAUAGGUGGACAAAAAUCAGAGGAAACAUUUUUCGAAAUCCUAUUUUAGGAUUUGGAAAAGGUGUUUACAUCAAGUUCUACAAGAAAUAGAGAAUGGGGAGACUGAUCCUAUGACAUAGUCACAUGUCAUUGAUAAGAUUUGAAUGAAUAAGUAAUAGAACAAUGCUUAGCUUCUUAAAAUUUGUAUGAAUAAAUUGUAAUUUUAUUAAUUUUGUAUUAGACAAUCAAAAUAGAAUAAUGUAUAUGAGAAUAAAAUUUAAUGUAUUAACUCUUUCAGAGGGAAUCAUUAAAUAAACUAAAUUACAUUCCAAUCUCAAGAAUAAAAUAUACCUAAUAUUAAUAAUUAUAAAAGUAUU